AUGGAAAGUACAAAUGUUAAAAAUAUAAAACAUUCAUAUGAUUUAAUUCAUUCAACACCUCAAGUAUCAGAAUUAACUUCAAUUUAUAAUAAAAAAUUCCAAAAUAUAUUACAAAAAAAAAAUUUAAUUUUACCAAAUCAAUUAAAUAAUGAAUUAAAAUUUUGUCAAAAUUGUAAUGGAUUAUUUAUACCUGGUAUUAAUAUGAAGAUGGAAAUCAAAUAUACUAAAACAAAGAAGUCAAAGAAACAAGAAAAGAAGGUGGUGAAAAAACAAUGGAAACCAAGAGAUCGAAAUUUAAUUUAUACUUGUCUACUAUGUAAUUAUAAAACAAAAUUUGAAUUAUUAAAACCUGAAAAAAAUCCAAAUGAAAUAGGGAUUGAUAUUAAAGAUAAAGAACCAUUUAUUGCUAAAUGGGAACCUAAAUCUCAAGAAGAUAAAAAGAAAAAUUCUGCAAAAGAUAGAGCUAAAAAGAGAAAGAAGAAUAAUUUAUUAAAUUUAUUACAAGAUAAAAAAUUAAAAGAUGAACAAGAUAAGAAAAAAUCAAAUUUAUUAAGUUUAGAUGAAUUUAUGAAGAGUUAG